ACACCGUCACUGCCGACGAUUUUGUUUUUGUCACAGACCACUGUUAUCAAGAUGGCGUUACGGCCAGGAUCUGGGGGAGGUGGCAGUUUUAUUUAUCCUGGUGGAGGGGGCCUGGGUCCGCCACAAGGUAUGAUGCCCAUGCAGCAACAGCAGCAGCAGCAACAACAGGGAUUCCCUGGUAUGGUUCAAGUCCAAAUGCAGCCCAACAUGCAAGGAAUGAUGGGAAUGAACUUCGGAGGCCAGAUGCCUCCUGGUGCCAUGCCUAUGCAGGGUGGGAUGGCCAUGGGGAUGCAGGCCCCUGGGAUGCAGUUCAUGGGCCAGCCACAGUUCAUGAGCAUGAGGGGCCCCGGGCCCCAGUACACUGCCGACAUGCAGAAACAGAUGGCUGAGGAACACCAGAAGCGUCUGGAGCAGCAGCAGCGGAUGCUGGAGGAGGACAGGAAGAGGAGGCAGUUUGAGGAGCAGAAACAGAAGCUGAGGCUGCUGAGCAGCGUCAAACCCAAGGGACAGAUGGGGACGAGUCGGGACGACGCGCUGGAGGCCAUCAAAGGCAAUCUGGACGGGUUCAGCAGAGACGCCAAGAUGCACCCCACGCCAUCCUCGCACCCCAAGAAGCCAGACUCAUCGCCAUCCCACUCUUCUGUCACCUCUCACUCCCUCCCCCCUGCUUUCCCCGAUGACGAGUUUAGUGACUUUAUGCAGGGUCCCUUAGAUGCCUCUUCCUCCUUCCCCCCCUCCUCCCAGGCCCAUCCCCAUUCUUUAGACCCAGGUCCUUGUCAGAGACCCUCCUCUGCCCCCUUCCCCCAGUCCCUCCCUGCCUCUAUGUCCAUUCUUACUGCCACCCAACACUCUACUGUCAACUCCAGCUCCCCAUCUGCAUUUCAAGGCCCAUCCCUGGAAGAGAAACUGUUCUCCUCGUGUGAUUUAAUGGCUGAAAAGAAGGCCCAGGUUAGCUUUAAGUCCCAGAGGACCCUGGCCCCUAACCGAGCUACAGUCUCGACCCAGUUUCAUUCCAGCACCAAGGCCCGGAACUGGGCUGAGGCUCCUGGGGACCUGAGUUCUGCUUUCACUAUAGAAACACCACAACCAGAGGCACCAGCACCGGGGCCCACAGCCCCCUCACCAGCAGCCGACCCCCCUCCUCCCCAAACCAGUAGUGACGGUGCAGGUGUUGGUGGUUACCCUCAACAAGAGCACAUCCAGCCCAUGGUACCAGGCUGGCUCUACAACGACAGCCUCAUCCCAGAGAUGUUCAAAAAGGUCCUGCAGUUCACCAUGACUCCGGGGGGCAUCGACACACCCAAGCUCUACCCCAUCCUGAUGUCAUCAGGCCUGCCCAGGGAAGCACUGGGCCAGAUCUGGGCCUCAGCCAAUCGCACCACGCCUGGCAUGCUGACCAAGGAGGAGCUCUACACAGUCCUGGCUCUGAUUGGUGUGGCACAGAGUGGUCUUCCAGCCAUGAAUGUGGAGAUCCUGAGCCAGUUCCCCUCUCCCCCGGUGCCCAACCUGCCUGCCCUGGCCAUGGCUAUGGCCCCUGUCAUGCAGCACCAGCACCAACACCAGCAGCCCAUGAUGACUCAGCCCCCUGUCCCAAUGUCCAUGGCCAUGCCUACACCAGCACCAGCAGUCAUGGGCAGGGCUCCUCCUGCUGCUCCUUUACCCUCCGCCCAACCACCCACCAACUUCAUCACCAACUUCCCACAUGUGCAGGGGAAAGCAGACGAUGAUGACUUCCAGGACUUCCAGGAGGCCCCCAGGGCAGGAGGAGGGGACCAGUCCUUCACUGAGUUCCAGGGGGAGUCAGGGGAAACCUUCCCCACCACCACACCCUCUCUGCACCAGAACAGUGCUCCUGCCAUUCUGACUCCGGUCUCUGGCUCCUCCUCGUCAUCCUCUGAUAAGUAUGCUGUUUUCAAGCAGCUCUCUGUGGAGGAGCCUCCAGAGCCCUCUCAGCCUGCCUCAGAUUUUGACGGAGACAAAUACAGUGUGUUCCGACAGCUAGAGCCACCAGGUGACAGGAAACCAGUUGGGGAAGGAUUUGCCGAUUUCAAGUCUGUCAGUGUGGAUGAUGGCUUCACAGACUUUAAAACCGCCGACAGCAUCUCUCCACUAGAACCUCCAGACCAGGCCAAGAUGUUUCAGCCAGCCUUCCCUCCUGCUUUCCCUAACUCUCAGUCUCUACCACAACUACAACACCAGCUACAUCAACAACAACAACCAGCAGUGUCUCUCUCUCAGCCUAAAAACCCUCUCAACAUGGCUGACCUGGAUCUCUUCUCCUCUAUGACUCCCUCAGCCCCCACCCCUGCUGAGAUCAAGCCCAGUCCCUUCCCCUCUGUGCCCCCCUCCCUAGUGCUCCCACCAGGCAGGGCCAAGCCCCCCGGGGGCGGGGCCGAGGACUUUGGUGACUUUUCCCUUUUUGGCCCGACCUCCUCUUCUGAGGCUGCUCCUAUUGGCCCUGAUGUGGGAGGGGGUGUGGCAGCGUCUCAUGAUGACUUUGCAGACUUCAUGGCUUUCGGCAGCUCUGGGGGGGAGGCCAAGGGUGAGGGGUUGAGGUCUGGAGAGGGGAGGGCACAGGGGAGAGGAGAGACCACCACCGCUCCACAGCGCUCCCCUCAGGGCUCUGACAAGUAUGACGUGUUCAAGCAGCUGUCUCAGGAAGGAGGCCUGGCAUACGACGACAACAAGCACAGCGCCGGCGGCUCAUUCUCUUCCCUUAGGAGCGAAGCAGAUGACUUCACCGACUUCCAGUCGUCCAAGUUCUGCACAGCGCUGGGGGCCUCGGAAAAGAGCCUGGUGGAUAAGGUGGCAGCCUUCAAACAAGGAGGCAAGGAGGACUCGACUUCAGUCAAGUCCCUAGACCUCCCAUCCAUCGGGGGCAGCAGCGUGGGCAAGGAGGACUCUGAGGACGCUCUGUCAGUGCAGCUGGACAUGAAGCUGUCGGACAUGGGCGGAGACCUGAAGCACGUGAUGUCAGACAGCUCUCUGGAUCUGCCGGGCCUCUCGGCUCACCAACCCCCCGCCGCAGAAGGAGACGACAUGAAGUUUGACCCCUUCGGAACAUCAGCAGUCAGCAGGCUGGCCAGCUAUGAUUGGUCAGAAAGAGAGGAAUGCCUGUCUGCUCAGGGUCAUGCCAAAAAGCAUCUGGUCCUGGACGGUGUUGGUGUUUCCUCCUCUUUCCCUUCCUCAGACAUAGUCCACAGGAAGGAGACGCCGUUCGGCAGCACAGAGAACAUCCCCAUCACACACACCUGCCAGACAAAGAUCACCACCUUCUCAACAGAGGAUAGUGUGUUGACCGACAGCAAGUUUGAGGCCUUUGCUGACUUUGGAUCUUGUGAGCCGGUAGGUUUGGGUGGGGACGAGGAUGAUGACUUUGGGGACUUUGCCAGCACGGUGUCGGAGAAGUCAGACUCCCCCGCGGCCGAGCCGGGCUCCGAGGGGAACCUGAAUGAGGCCUCAGAUGAGUUCGGCGCCUUUCAGGGGGACAAAGCCAAGUUUGGGAAGUCAGACUUUCUGAAGGCCAGCUCUCAGACCAAGGUCAAGUCCAGUGAAGAGAUGAUCAAGAGCGAACUCGCCACCUUUGACCUCUCCGUACAAGGCUCCCACAAGCGUAGCCACAGUUUGGGGGAGAAGGAGAUUGGGCGCUCGCCCCCCUCCCCAGCCCCAGAGCAGCCCUUCAGAGACCGCUCCAGCACCCUGAGUGAGAAGAAGCCUGCCCUGCCCGUCAUCAGAGACAAGUACAAGGACCUGACUGGGGAGGUGGAGGAGAGUGAGCGCUAUGCAUAUGAGUGGCAGAGGUGUCUGGUGAGUGCUCUACAGGUCAUCACUAAAGCCAACAACACCCUGAACAGCAUCAGCAGCUCUACUGUUUGCACUGAGGUCAUCCAGUCUGCUCAGGGCAUGGAGUACUUGCUGGGUGUGGUGGAGGUGUACCGCGUGACCAAGCGUGUGGAGCUGGGGAUCAAGGCCACGGCCGUGUGUUCUGAGAAGCUGCAGCAGCUGUUGAAGGAUAUCAGCCGCGUCUGGAACAACCUCAUGGGCUUCAUGUCCCUGGCCAACCUGGCGCCUGAUGAGAGCUCGCUGGACUUCUCCUCCUGUAUCCUGAGACACGGCAUCAAGAACGCCAAGGAGCUGGCCUGUGGGGUGUGCCUGCUCAACGUGGACUCACGCAGCAAGAGCAAAGAAGAGACAACUAUUGGACGUCUGUUUAAAAGAGCACUGGCUAAAGACCAUGACAAGAGGUUAAGGGUGGUGUUUCUAGUCUGGAGCCCUGUAGCACCAUGAGCAGCACUGUCCUCUUGGUUUCCUAAUGGUGGGUCAUUAACCUUUAGAUUACAGUUAGAAUUAACACCUAGGAUUAAUCAUGCUGACCUUUCAUUUUGGUCUUAUUCUACCAUCCAAUGGUCUAACUCUCCCAAGCAUAUCCUCUCUGCAGCACUUUCUACUUUUGUUCUCGCCCACAUUACAUGUCUGUUGGCACGAUCAUGUUUGAUGGGUAAAUUGCACAUAAUCCCGGUUCUGCAGGCAAGGACUGGGGAGAUGGAGGUGAGGGAGAGGUGGAGAGGGGGUGGGAUUGAAGAAGAGAGGGGAGAAGGAGACAAGGGGUUAUGCCUUUGUGUUCUGUUCUUUCUUUUUUCACUCUUCCUCUCCAACAGUCCAGGCUUUGGCACACGGGAUAAAUAAAGGUUGGAGGAAAGAAGUUGGAUGAGGCAGAUGGAAUGAGAAUACAUUGUGAAACCUGAGUGUGUGUCGGUGUAUGUGAGAAAGGCAACAGGUGUGCGCAGCAUAGUAAAUGUACUGUAAAUGGUUUGUGAGCAUGUGGACAGGUAUGAGUAUACUAUAUGGUGUGUGCGUGUUCCCAGGUUGUUGUAUAUGCAGUUUGUCUGUCUGGGAGGAUAUGAUUCACCACAUUCUCUUUCAUGCUUUAGCUCGGAUAUUUCAUCAGGGAUACAAACACUUAAACUGCACAACACCAACAUUAGCAUCUCCUCCUUAUCACCAACCUGCUGCUACUGCUGGGCUCAGCUAAAUGCAAGCUCACGUAACAGCUCUCUGCCCCUCUCAGUUCACUAAGUUUAUUUUCUCAACGGCUAUAUUCAGAUGUUAUGUGGGAGUGCCAUUCAGCUAUCUCGAUAGAUUCAACUAACUGUCAGGAGAUCGAGCAAUGAGCAACACUCUUAUUGAUCAGUAGACAGAGCAUUGUGCCAAACAUGAGUCAUAUUUUCAAAGGGUCAGUUCUUGUUGACCUCUUGUUUGUGUGCCACAGUGGAGAUAUGCAGGUUAAGCUGCCCACAAAUCCCUGCUUCUAGCAUUACUCUCAUAGAUGAGUUAUUUAGUUCCUGUUGAUUUAUCUUUACCACUGCUUUCUAUUUGUUAGCCAGAGGUACUGCCAGGUUCAUCUGUUCAUUAACUAUUCAGUUGAACCUUGUUGUCCUAACCAUCACCCCCAUUUCGCCCUUAUUUGACCCUUCCGCCAGGCUUUCAACUCAGAGACGGACAACUUCAAGCUGCUGUACGGGGGCCACCAGUACCACGCCAGCUGUGCCAAUUUUUGGAUUAACUGCGUGGAGCCCAAACCGCCGGGCCUCAUUCUGCCCGACUUGCUCUGAGCGCCGGACAACGUUGCCAUGGCAACGUGCGCCGGGUAAUCAACACUGGCGAGGUGCGGCAGCCGGGUUCUCCCUGCACACCGCACAGCCUCUCACCUUGGGCUGCGAGCACAGAUAUCACAGAGCGAGAGAGACCUCAGAAGUCACUGGAAUUCUCUUUAUUUAUUAGCCUUCUAUUCUCUCCUUUUCCUUCUCUCUCUGAGGUAGUCUCCAUGCUCUUUGCAGUGGUGAAGAAGUGCAAAUCUGCUAGUUUGUACAAAUUCAAGGCUUGACACAGUAAAGCCUGUUCUGUAUCAUAAUGUAUUGUAAAAUUGUACUUUAUUAAUGGUGUCAUUGUUACUUUUUUCCUUUGUCUGGUCUCAUAUACAGUAUAAUGCAAUGUAAGUUACAGGAUGCCUUUUAGCAUUGAUGUUUGUGACUUCUCUGGCAGGCUUGAUUUAUUUUGGGAAACAGUAUUCAGAUAAUUAACCAAUGUUGUGCUAUGUUAACCCAAUGGAGGUCUAGUCCCUAUGUCAGCAGGAGAAAAUGUGGACAGUGAUAUGAAUAGGGUUGUGGGUCUCAACACUUUCUGUAAUGCACUCUUUCUGUUCUCAACAAGUCCAUAAGAAACUAUUAAAACUGCAAUAUACUAACAUUGAAGGCUGAAGAAACUUGGGAGACAAACUGAGAUGUAAAGCGAUCUGUUUCCCAUGAUGUCACUUGUAUCAUCACACUGCUGGUACUGAAUCACUGACGCUCGGGUCUCUAAAAGCAUAGUCCAUGGCUGUUAACAUUUUAAUUUAUAUUUACCAUUUUAAGUAUUGUGUGACAUUAACUGCUUUUUAAUGUCUUUGUAUUGGUGGAUAGGGACUGCUUUAUCUAAAUGAAUGUUAAUGUGCUGUUUGAACAUUUUUGUGAUACUGGGACUUGAAAGGGAGUCUUAAUUCUUAAAGAUUGUUGGCUGUAGGUUUUGUUUUUCUGUCUUGCUGUGCCAGUGUGUAUAUACUCACACUGAUGAUGGGGAUGUUUUGGCAGAUCUAAGUCUUGAAUGAAGUCAACUGAUUAUGGACUACUAUUUCAGCAGCACUUUGUGUGGAUUACAGUAUCAUAAUAUUGUAAUUACAAUGACUAACUGUAAUGUGAAGUGAUGAUAUUUACAUAAAUAAUACAUUGAUGCAUAAAUUCAA